AUGGUGAUUGCACACAACCCCUCCCCACCACUCCCUACCCCUCCCUCCCUCUCCUCUCCCCGUCCCAUCAACCUUCGUCGCUGCCUUCUCCCACCCUGCCUGCCCCUCCCGCAUGCGCCCAUCUCCCUCCCCCGUGUCCCCCAUCCUUUCCGCCUGUCCUCCAUCCCCCUCCACUCAACCCCCAUCCCCUCCCGCGUGCCCCCCAUCCCUCAUCCCCUCUCUUGCAACCCGUCCCCUCACGUGCCCCUUAUCCCCUCCCACUCGCCCUCCCAUUCCGCCUAUCCAGCAAUCACCAUGGCAGUUGCUGACGUCAACAGCGACCCCACCAUCCUGCCACGUCAGCGCAUCCGCCUGAUCACCGGCAACAUCAGCGCCAGCACGCCAUCCAUGCUCAGCCAGCUGGCAGCCAUGGCAACAGUGCAGCAGCGCCCAGUUGCGAUCAUAGGCCCGGGGACGUCAGACCAAGCAGCUCUCAUCAGCCCGCUUGCCACUGCCACUCAGACUCCCUUGGUGUCUGCAGCAGCAACAGACGUGCAGCUGACGGUGGGGGGUGCUCGGCCAUUCUUCAUGCGGACCAUCCCCAACGAUGGCGUCGACAUGCAAGCUAUAGCUGGUAAGACAGCCAUAGCCGAUGAGGUGGUGUAUGCAGAUGAGGUGGUGUAUGCAGAUGUGCUGGCGGUGACCUCUCCUGUUUUCUCUCCCCUGUUUUCUCUCCCCUGUUUUCUCUCCCCUGUUUUCUCUCCCCUGUUUUCUCUCUCCUGUUUUCUCUCUCCUGUUUUCUCUCUCCUGUUUUCUCUCUCCUGUUUUCUCUCCCCUGUUUUCUCUCUCCUGUUUUCUCUCUCCUGUUUUCUCUCUCCUGUUUUCUCUCUCCUGUUUUCUCUCUCCUGUUUUCUCUCUCCUGUUUUCUCUCUCCUGCUUCAUGGUGGCAGCGCUGCUGCUGCGCUACAAGUGGAGGCAGUUCGUGGCAGUCUACACGGACAACCGCUUUGGCCGCAACGGCAUCACCGCACUCAUGACCUACCUCCUCGAAACAAAGCUGAUGACGUGGCACAGGCCCUCGCUGCCAGCAAGGCAGUGGACUCUUCGGUUUAUGUGCUACACGCCUCCUCUAUCAUGUCUGCUCUCAUACUCGAUACAGCGAGCAAGCUGGGCAUGAUAGGGAAGAACUACGUGUGGAUCGCAUCAGAGGGGGCUGCUCAAGCCAACACCUCCACACUGCAGAGUGCAGAGGGUCUGAUAAUCACAGCAUCCUAUCACCCGCCAUCGCAGCGCCUGUCGGCCUUCAAGCAGCGGUGGAAGCAGCUGAGUCCACAGCAGGUCUCCCUCAACCCACACGGUGAUCUGCAAGCCGAUGCCAUCGAGGUGCUCAACGUGGUGAACGCUACGGCCACGAGGGUUGGCUUCUGGACUCCCGCCUGGCAGCUCACGCGCUCUUUAAAGCUCAAUGUGGUGAACGCUACGGCCACGAGGGUUGGCUUCUGGACGCCUGCCUGGCAGCUCACGCGCUCUCUAAAGCGGCCAUCCAAGAACCAGCAAGAGGCACUCAACAUAGUGUUUCCGGGUGGGGUGACACAAGUCUACAAGCAGUUUGUCAACAUCUCCAAGGGAGAGGACAAAGAGCGCUUCUCAGGGUUCUGCAUCGACGUUUUCCACGCAGCUGUGGCCAUGCUGCCGUACCCGCUCGACUACGAGUUUGUGCAGUAUGGCGAGGAGAACGUCUCCCCCAGCUACAACCAGAUGGUGCUGGCUGUGGCGGACAAGGUGGGUGCCGGCUGUAGCAGGCAAGGUCUGGGGAUAAUGGGGUACGCAAAGGAGAAUUCAAGUCCCUGGCUGGCGUUCCAGCCGUUCACAGCGAGCAUGUGGGGAGUGACUAUGGCGCUGUGCGUGCUAGCAGGGCUCAUCACCUCGUUCCUGGACGAGCAGUCUAAUGAGGCCUUCCGAGAGAAACUGCAUCAGCGCCUGCAGAACGCCGCGUGGUUCGGCCUGCAAACGCUCUACGCCAUCCUGGAGUACCCUGUUCGCACCUCCCUCGCCCGGCUCUUUGUCAUCGUGUUUCUCAUCAUCGGCUACCUUAUAGUCACCAUGUACACGGCGAACCUCACGUCUAUUGUCACAGUCGACCGGCUCAAACCCUCCGCAAUGACCUUUCGAAGCCUGCCUCAUCCCAUCCCACCGCAUCCCACACGGCCCCACCACCAGGACAUUGGUUCCGCCGCCUCGACCUCAUCCCCCAUUGGCUACCAGCUGGGGUCAUUCGUCAAUGCGUACCUGCAGCAGAUGGGCAUUCCUGCGAACCGUCUGGUGGCACUCAAUAACGAGGAUGAGUAUGCACAGGCGCUGACCUCCGGCCGGGUGGGGGUGAUAGUGGAUGAGAACCCCUACCUCGAGCUCUUCUCCCUCGACUUCUGUGACGUCGCCCUCGCGCCUCAGCCCUUCUCGCUGCUGAACCUUGCGUUUGUAAGCACUCUUUGCAAUGCCUUCCCCAAGGGCUCUCAGCUGGGCUUGGACGUCUCACAGGCGAUAGUGCAGCUGUCAAUGUCCGGCAAGCUGCAGCAGCUGCGGGAGAAACACUUCACUGGGAUCAACGGCUCUUGCACCCAACCCAGCAGCAGCAGCAGCAACAGCCGCAGCGGUAUAUCCUCCUCUUCCUCCUCCUCCUCCUCCUCCUCCUCCUCCUCCUCCUCCUCCUCCUCCUCCUCCUCCUCCUCCUCCUCGAUUUCCUCGCUGGCGGCAGACUCAGCAGUGCAGCUGUCGAUGCAGAAGUUCCUUGGGCUGUAUAUCAUCUUUGGUGCUGUGUCGUUGGGCUGCUGCGUGCUCUACGUGUUGCUCCUCAUUCACCGCGGUUACCGCGCCAGCAGAGAGGCUGCGCGCCUGCAGGACGCUCAGAACCAAGCUGAGAUCCAACGGCUCGUGUUUGAUCAUCAUCCGUUGCACACAGGAUCUGACGGCCCGGAUGGAGCCGAUCCCACAUGGGCAGUUCCAGGUGGGGGGGUGGCAUUGAGAAGGCACGAGUGGGCAGGAGGUGGCAACUGGGGUGGGGAGCAUUCGGAACGGGAAGACCUGUUUGUGUUUGGUAGUAUUGCUGCCACACUCAGUGGCAGGGGUAGCAGCAGUGGCAGCGGGGGUAUUGAGACGGGUCGGAAAGGAAUUGGUGGGAGUAGUAGUAGCAGCAGUGACAGAAGAGUGGAAGAGUCUCAGAGUAGCUUUGGCAAAGCGAACAGCAGCAGCGGGUGCAGUGUCCCUUUUGUUGCAGUGGGUCAGCCAAGCUUGACACGGGUUGCUGAGGAGGGAGAAGAUGCGGAGGAGGAGGUGGAGGAGGAGGAGAAGGUGGAGGAGGGUGAGGAUGAGCAAGGGAGGGAGUUAGCUGUGAGGAGCCGGGGAGGAGAGGAAGGUGAAGGAGAGGGAGCAGAGGGGGUAAGUGCUUGGCUGUGGAAGAGGAGAGAGCGAGGAGUAGGGGCGUUCGAGCAGGGGUUGGAGGGAUUGGAGUCCAGGAGGCUGCUGGAAGAGGAGUGGGCAGAGAGAUCUGACGUGGAGGCAGAGGGAGGAAGGGAAGACGGAUGGAGUGGUGGGGUAAGGGGAGGGGGAGAGGAGAGGAGGGAGGGCAGGGACGAAGGGCACCUGACUGCUCCAUCGAUCCCCAAACCAAUAUCAGCAUCUCAAUCCGCUCCUCGCCUCGGUUCAAACUCAGACCGCCUUGUUCGUAGCCGCCUGCCUUCCCCACCCUUCCACCUCAUGCCAAACCAGCACAACAGCAGUACACCAGCAUCUCAGCGUAACUCCGAUGGAGCUUUCCUCUCUUGCCCUCCGGAGAGCAUCAGCACGUCUUUUGAGGCGCCUCAAAAGAGCCAUAGCAGUGAUUGGGCGUGCACAGGAGAGCAGGACUGCAGACCGAUGCUCUCAGCGUUCCAUCAUUCCACCUCCUUCAAGGCUGUAUCUCUGCCUGCCUCUCCCUCCGCUUCCCCCUCCGUCUCUCCCUCUGCAUGUCCCACGGCAACUGGUGCUUCCACAUCAGCUUCUACUUCGUUCCUCUCUGUGCCAUCGUCUCUCCUCUCAGCAUCACCCUCUUCCCUAGCCGCUGCAGCACCAGCUGCAGCAAAAGCCCUGGGCACAGCCGUGCGUGCCGAACCUGGGUCAAAAACACCAGGCAGGGGUGUGCGAGUUGACGCGGGACUCAAAGCACUGAGCAAGAGCAUGGGGGCCGACACGGGGUUGAAAGCGGUGACAACGCUGAGCAAAUCGGUGGUGUCGGGUUCACAGAAGGGCCUGCUGUCGCUUCAGCAGACGGUUAACACCCUUGUUGAUAAGUACAACAGGGGGCAGCAGUGGAGCAAGGACAGGAACCUGACAGGCAGCUCACACGCAGCACAAUCUGCAGCAGCACCACAUGCAGCACCGGUUGCAGCAGCACAUGCAGCACCAGUUGCAGCAGCACAGGCGGCAGGACAGAGCAGGCGAAGAGGAGGCUCCCCCUCCUCCUCCCUGGGUCCUCCUCAGCUCUCUCCUGGAUUCAACGUGUCGAGCCAAGGGCUGCGGACAGCAGGGCAGCAGCAGCAUCGCAGAACCUCCUCCGCUGGGGAUGUAAAUAUGAUCCACAACAACGCCAAUCGCGUCUCGCCACGUCAGCGCCUCGCCCGAUCACCCGAUGACCGCUCUCCCUUACACCUCUCACUCCGUGGCAGCUCUCAGCAGCAGCAGGGCCGUGUGAUCCAGCCCAGCAUCGAGCAGCAGAGUCCCCGCGUUCUCUCCCAGCAGAUGCAUGCCGCACACAGCAGCAAGCGGCAGACCUCUGGCCCUAACAGCAGCGGCAGGAGUUGGAGAAGCAGCGCGGAGACAGCCAGACAGCUGCGGGCAGCAGUGACUUCUGAGGCGCCUCAAGGAGCGUCUGGGUUUACCAGGGGUGGCAGGAGCUGGAGGAGCAAUGCAGAGACAGUGAGGCAGCUGCGGAUGGUGGGAGGGGAGGGCAGGCAGCAGCAUGUGCCGUGGAGCAGGAGGGUGGGCCAAGAGGUGCCUCACAGGCCGUGGCACAGGAGAGCUGCUUCGGGCGAUGCUGGUUCUGCUCCAAACUUCUUUGACAGGUGCGUGCACUGA